AUGAGAUGUCAUGACACGGUGUUUGACAAUCAAGCAGCAGCGUGGUCAAUCCUGAGUGUUCAAGCUUCCCGUGAUCGACCGGUUAAUACAACCCUCAUUGUUCUACGUAUGAACCACAUAUUAUCCUUUUUGUUUUUGGCAUUUAUGCUAACCUCAGGAGCGUAUAGUCAAUAUGCAGUCAUCGCGCAUGAAGAAGAAUUUCUCGGCCCGAGGAUCGCAGCCCUCACAAUACUCAAACCGAUCGACCCGGAUUUUCACUUUUCACAAGAGACCAAGUGGACUGACACCCUCAUCUUGAAGGGUCCCAUCGUGAAGACCCCUGGAGAUAACAAUGAUCCGAACAAAUUGAAGGUACAAAAAGUUGCACGUGCACAGGCCCAAAUAUGGUUCAAAUCGAACGUGGAUUGUAUGAAUCUCGUUGGCUUCUCAUACACUCUGAGUAAUCUGCUUUCACAAGCGCCAUUGAGAUCGCACAAAUUGUUUGCUGUGAGGGUCUCUGAGGUACUGAGUGACCCGGCUUUGGAAAUUACCAAGAGAAUGUACUGUCUAUAUAUCCUUCAAGUUCUACUGGAAUAUGUACCAUCAAGAAAGCUAGACUUUUUGAGGACUAACAUCCGAAGUGGUGCAGUAUCGCGUGCUGGAUUAGAACUGUCUUUAACAAAAGGAUUUGAUCUGGCAUCUGAAGCGCAUAAAAUAAGAAAAAAGGGAAUGAACAGAAUGGAUCCAAUGCUAUUUGAAGCCUUUCAAAGAGUUGAGCUUUUGGAGAGAAUUCAGAUGAGGUAUAGACAAACAGGCGCAUCACAACCAAGUAAAACAUUGAUGAAGUUACACGAUGAUUUGCUUCUGGCAAGCUGCCCACUCGGAGAGCUGGAGAUAGUUUCACUGACUGACAACUGCAUUCGACACAUGAUAGAAAAUGAUGUGUCGGAGGAAGAUAAGCAAACUACCUAUGAGUUAAUGACUCAUUCUUUUCAAAACAGCGAUAUCAGCAGAAAAACACUUAAAGCUCGAAUAGCAACCAACAAUGCCACCAAAGAACUCUACGAUGAGAUGUAUAAGUGGAUGAAGACAAGGAGGGAGAUCAGCCUAUACUUGUCACUCAAUAGAGUCGAUCCGUACAUUACAAACCUUCUUCUUCCCUUCCUUGGAACUCCCCUACCCACCUUGGAGCACUACAAGUACAUUUUCUUGUCUUUUGAAGCGCAUACACAAGCAGAGGUCAAAUUGGAAAAACAUCUUCAAACGAUAGCAGAGAAAAGAGUGACGAGACUCAGAGGAAUGCAAGGACAAUUACAAGAUAUGGAGUUGGAGACAGGACAUGCACAUCACAUUGGAGAGGUAUCAACAAUUGAACAAACAACUUUAGAGAGAGAGCUUGAACAAGCAGAUCAAGAGGAUCGCGAGUUUGACCUUCAGCAGUACAUACCACAGAGAAUAGACUCAUCAACUUAUAAGAAAUAUCAGCGCUUUGUCCUCAAGAUACUAAACAUGGCAAGCCCGCAUAUCAAAGGUGCCAAGGCCUAUCUAAAACAGAGCCGUAAUUGUUCAGGUAGGACACCAAGCCUUUCAAUUGUUAUUCUGGAUCCCUUCAUCAGUAUUGGUAUCCGUGAUCAAGAUCUUCAGUUUAUUUUCAAAAAUCAUCUUGCAAGAGCUGAGCUCAAGACUGAUUCUCUACAGAUCUAG